UGUGCCAAACCUAUUGUAAAGUCCAGUUCCCAGUAAACCCAAACCCAACCGCAACACCAACGACAAUGCCGUCGACUAAUAACAGGCUAAGCAAUGGCGCGCACCCGCCGUUGUCGCCGCACAUAUCGCCGUCCUCUCGGCUAAUGGCCUCAACUAUUAGCUCACUGGCCAAACAAAAAGCACUAUCCCGAUGGGACACCAGCGACAGCGGUCUCAGUACGUCUACCAAUGGUACCGGCGCUGGCCAUGAAGUUAUUAUGCGCCGCACGACAAAUCUGACCCGUACUCGAAGUCUACGAUUACCGCAGAGGUCAAGAAACUAUAUGACGACCAGUUCCUAUGAUAGGAGUCAUGACGUAAGUCCUACCAACUCAUCAGUCGACGACUCGCGAGUGUCUGAAUUGGAAAAGAAAUUAAAACAAUGCGAACUAAAGAUCAAAGAACUGGAAUCAGAUAUCAAAGAGUCAAAAGAGACGAUUGAAUUCUUGACAUCUGAGCGGACAAUACUGGCCGACAGUCUUAAGGAAACCGAAGACACUCUCUAUCGGGUAAACCGUGAGAACAGUUCGUUGAAGAAGUCCAUUGAUGUCAAAGAAGAAAUGAUUGACAAAUUGGGUUCAAAAUAUUCCCGAAACCGAAAGGUUUGGGAAGAAAAUGAAGUGAAAGCCAAUGAAGAAAUUAAAAAAUUGGAUGAAAUGAUUGAUCACGUAAUCGAUACCUUGAAGUCACUUCCAGAUUGCCAUAAGAAUUGCGAAUCAAUUGAACACUUGUUGUAUAUGUUGACCGAUGAUAACAAACAGCAAACAGUUGUUUGA